CUUUUUAUUUCUGCGUUUUGUACUCUUCUCCAUAUCUUGGAGAUCUCAGCAGCUGAGACAUGGCUGACCAGUGGAAAGCUGAUUCGCUCAUGGCGGUCGCUGCAUCAAGCCCAACCCCACCACCGCAAAACAUGACGUUCUUCAAGGCUCAGCACAUUCUCAGAGGCCUAGCUGUUCUGUUUACUGCAAUUUCCGUUGCACUCUUAGUCACUAACUCCCAAACCGUCACCGUCUUCAUGAUCCAGCUCCAAGCUCACUUUUAUUACUCUUCUGCCUUCAAAUUCUUGGUUGCUGCAGACGCUAUAGUGUGUGCAUCAUCCGCGGCCACUCUGAUUGUGAUUCGGCUUCUGAAGAAACGCCGGGCAAUACCACAACGCAGGCAGUACUGUUUCUUACUGUUUUUGCAUGAUAUUGUGAUGAUGGUGCUGAUGAUGGGAGGGUGUGCGGCGGGAACGGCGAUAGGAUAUGUGGCGCAGUACGGAGAAUCGCAUAUGGGAUGGGACCCAAUAUGCGACAAGGUGGCCAAGUUCUGCAGAAUCAAUGCGGUCUCCCUCUCGCUCUCCUAUUUGGCCUUCUUUGCCUAUUUAGGACUCACUCUUUUGGCUCCUUCAAACUUCCUCUCCUAUUCCUCACAACUAGCCACCUAACUCUCUCUCUCUCUCUAUGUAUAUAUCGUUAAUCAUAUCUGUAUCUAUCUAUCGCUUGCCGUUUGCAUAUACACUCUAAUCGCUACUUAUCAAGUACUCUUUAUAUAUAUAUAUAUCUAUUUAUCUUUCUAUAUGUAUCAGUUAAAUUUCAUCUCCUUUCCGAGUAAUUUGUUCAUCCUGGCUCUGUUUGGUCAGCAUGCAUAAAGUGCAUAUGCUAUUAA